CAAAGCAAUAGACACAUCCAAUAUUUGUCUGGAACCUGCUCCGCCCGGGACGCAGGAGCUGUCAUCCGCCGGCGCUGAUUCUGCGUGCAGCCUCAGCCCGGCCUCAUUGGGCGUAGCGGGACCGAAGGCAGGCGGGAGCGGCGGCGGCGGGGACGGAGUUGGGCUCGCCGCACCGAAAUGUAAACAGAGCGGAGCGGGAGGCUGCAUGCUCCGAGGGGCUGGCUCCGGGCUGCCCCGGCUCCGGCAGGGACCGCGCUGAGUCCGGCUCCAUGAACAGAACCAGGCACUUCGGAGGAUCUGCUGCCUGUGGAUAUAAAUAGGGGGCAAUCGGGAUGCGGUAGCUUUCCCCGGCGGCGCCGCAGCUGCUUCGUGCUCCGCGCCGCGGCUGGGACAGGGCGAUGGACAUGAACAUGAAGAAGUUCACGGUGCGCCGCUUCUUCUCCGUCUAUCUCCGCAAGAAGUCUCGGUCGAAGAGCUCGAGCCUGAGUAGAUUUGAGGAAGAAGGUAUUGUGAAGGAAAUAGACAUCAGUCAUCAUGUCAAGGAAGGUUUUGAAAAAGCAGAUCCUUCUCAGUUUGAACUGCUGAAAGUAUUAGGACAAGGUUCAUAUGGAAAGGUAUUUCUCGUCAGGAAGAUAAAAGGAUCUGAUGCAGGCCAGCUUUAUGCCAUGAAGGUACUUAAGAAGGCAACACUAAAAGUUCGGGAUCGGGUACGAUCUAAAAUGGAGAGAGAUAUUUUGGCAGAAGUGAACCAUCCUUUCAUAGUCAAGCUUCAUUAUGCAUUUCAAACAGAGGGAAAGUUGUACCUAAUACUAGAUUUCCUGCGGGGAGGGGACCUUUUCACCAGACUCUCCAAAGAGGUGAUGUUUACAGAAGAGGAUGUCAAGUUCUACUUAGCUGAGCUGGCCUUGGCAUUAGACCACCUCCAUGGUCUUGGAAUUAUUUACAGGGAUCUAAAACCAGAAAACAUUCUUCUUGAUGAAGAGGGUCACAUUAAGAUAACAGAUUUUGGUCUGAGCAAAGAAGCCAUUGACCACGACAAGAGAGCGUACUCGUUCUGCGGGACGAUCGAGUACAUGGCCCCCGAGGUGGUGAACCGGCGUGGGCACACGCAGAGUGCCGACUGGUGGUCCUUUGGCGUGCUCAUGUUUGAGAUGCUGACGGGAUCAUUACCCUUCCAGGGAAAAGACAGAAAGGAGACAAUGGCACUCAUUCUCAAAGCCAAGCUGGGAAUGCCACAGUUUUUGAGCAUAGAAGCCCAGAGCCUGCUGCGAGCCCUCUUCAAAAGGAACCCCUCCAACAGAUUAGGUGCUGGAUUUGAUGGAGUGGAAGAAAUUAAGCGUCACCCUUUCUUUGUUACUAUAGACUGGAAUAAACUGUACAGAAAAGAAAUCAAGCCGCCUUUCAAGCCCGCAGUGGGGCGGCCAGAAGACACCUUUCAUUUUGAUCCAGAGUUCACAUCUCGGACCCCUACAGAUUCCCCAGGUGUUCCUCCAAGUGCCAAUGCUCAUCAUCUUUUCAGAGGGUUCAGCUUUGUUGCCUCUAACUUGGUGCAGGAGCCUGCACAGCAAGAUGUGCACAAAAUCACUGUUCACCCAAUUGUGCAGCAGUUACAUGGGAACAACAUUCACUUUACUGAUGGAUAUGAGAUCAAGGAGGACAUAGGAAUUGGCUCCUAUUCAGUGUGCAAGAGAUGUGUUCAUAAAGCUACUGAAACAGAGUUUGCAGUGAAGAUAAUCGAUAAGAGCAAGAGAGACCCUUCUGAAGAAAUUGAGAUACUCUUGCGAUAUGGACAGCAUCCAAACAUCAUUACUCUUAAAGAUGUCUAUGAUGAUGGGAAGUUUGUGUACCUGGUGAUGGAGCUGAUGCGGGGCGGCGAGCUGCUGGACCGCAUCCUUCGGCAGAAGUGUUUCUCAGAGCGGGAGGCCAGCGCUGUGCUGUGCACCAUCACCAAGACUGUGGACUACCUACACUCUCAGGGGGUCGUGCACCGAGAUCUCAAGCCAAGUAAUAUCCUCUACAUGGAUGAGUCAGGAAACCCAGACUCUAUCAGGAUCUGUGACUUUGGGUUUGCCAAGCAGCUGAGAGCGGAGAACGGGCUGCUCAUGACUCCCUGCUACACAGCCAACUUUGUGGCUCCUGAGGUCCUCAAACGCCAAGGUUAUGAUGCAGCCUGUGACAUUUGGAGCUUGGGGAUCCUGCUGUACACCAUGCUGGCAGGAUUCACUCCUUUUGCAAAUGGACCAGAUGACACCCCAGAGGAGAUUCUGGCCAGGAUUGGCAGUGGCAAAUAUGCUCUUACAGGAGGAAACUGGGAUUCAGUAUCUGAUACUGCAAAGGACAUUGUGUCUAAGAUGCUUCAUGUAGACCCUCAUCAGCGCCUGACAGCAGUCCAAGUCCUGAGACAUCCAUGGAUAGUGAACAGGGAGUACCUGUCUCAAAACCAACUCAGCAGACAGGAUGUUCACCUGGUUAAGGGUGCAAUGGCAGCCACUUACUUCGCUUUAAACCGCGCACCUCAGGCACCAAGGCUGGAGCCUGUGUUGUCCUCCAACCUGGCUCAGCGGCGAGGCAUGAAAAGACUAACCUCUACCAGAUUGUAGCAGUACCCCCAAAAGGCCUCCUUGAAAUCCCUCAGUUUAUUAUUUGAGAAAUUCAUCUUUACUUGGCUAGCAGAACCUUUCUGGACAACCUGCACAUGAAAUUGCCAGAACUAGCAGAAGCCCACGUAAGGCAAAGUUCUCAUUUGUUACAUCUUUUCUUUUACAUUCCAGCCAGGGUCCCGAGUUUAACAACUUCACAAAGAUGCGCCAGUUUUGCCAGUAGCUCUGUUUCUUUACUGACAUAAAGCCAAAAAAUAUAAGCGAGCUCCAUCCUUUCCACCCUAGGAAAACUAUUUUUGAGUCUGUAAGAUGUUCCAUGGGAACAGUUUUCAUUUUGUUUCUCAAGAAAAGCACUUUUUGCUACGAAGAAUGCAGUUGGGUUAGAAUGCUGUUCCAGCAUGCAUCAUGAUGAAGUGACUUGGCACGAGUAGACAUCUACUGAUCUCCACUCACCCCAGGAAGAGUGAAGGCUGCAGAGAUACAUGAGUAAUACCUUAUUUGAAACAAGUGCUUAACAACAUGAGGUAGAGAGAGCUGGUGGUGGUGGAAAUACCUUCUGUUCUUGAGGAAUCUUUUGCACUUUGCCCCUGCCUUCUCUGGAAUGAAGCUAGCACCUCUCAAGGAGAUUGUGCCACCAGCUCUGACUUGCUCAGAAGUUUCAGAGAGCAAAAAACCUCUGAGGAGCUCGGUCUUCUGAGGAAAAUAAUGGGCCUUACGAGACUGCGGGGAGGCAUUCAUGUAGAGCAGUGUGAGCAGGAGCCUGUGGAUCAGGCAGGAGAAAGGUGUCUGGUCUUGGCCAGCAAGCAGGUCUGGGAGGAUCAGAUGAAGGGGCUGGGGAACCGAACAAAGGCAGGGAAAGAUGUGAGUAGCUUUGAGGACAGUAAGCAAAAUAAUGCAAAGGCAACUAGUGUACACGUGGCUGGGGGCACACUGUGACUCCCUCUCAAAGCAGCGGCAGUCCCCCUUCAGUGACUGGUGCAGAAGACAGUGGGUGGCUGGGCUGCCCAGGGGCCAAGUGGGUUGAUGCAGCCAUCCAUCCUCCCAGUCACUACCCAGUCUGCUCAUUGGGAGCCAUUCUGGCAGCCCAGAGUGCCACACUGGAGCAAGAGAGGCCAUUUCCAGUCACUGUUCCCUGCCCUCCCCUGGCUGAUCACCCAAAUCUGCCUCCAUCACCCAUGUCCCUGCCUGGGUGUUCUGCUCUAGCAGAGCUAAACUCCCCAUGCCAUGUGUGUGCAGAGAGUACCCACUUCUGAAGAGUUCAGCCCAACUCUGUUACAAGCUUUAAUAAUAAUAAAUUAUGAGGAGAAAUGGGAGGAUGCUCUGCUUUUAUAUUUAUAUGAAUAUGUACAUGUGUAUUUAUAUACAUAUAAAACAAAAAUUCUGUGCCCUAAUACCUGGAUUUUCCAGGUCCAGGGAAAGGAAACUUUUGUUGAAAUGGUCUCUGCAAAAUGGACUUUUUUCUCAUUACCUGGUUUCAAAGAAAGCAAGCAAGGUUUGUGGUGCCAGAUGUGAACUAUUUUUUUAUUCCUUUUCUUACCCAUCUUGGCUUAUUGGUGGUCACAAGCUGACCAAGAUUCUUCUUUGUACUGCUUUUGUUAAUUUUUAUUUUCUGAGUGAAUUUUGUCACCUCAGAUGCUUCGUGGGAAAAGCUACUGUGCUGUGUUGGCUUUUUUCUGUUGUGACAGGGGACAAAAGACAAAGAAAAAUGUGAACAUGGAGCUUCAUA